AUGGUUAUGGAGAGUGGAAGCCGCCAGUAUGGCGGGCUCAGCUACGACAACGUCUAUCACAGCCAUGGCCGCUCGAAUCCACCGCACUUCAACGAGUCGUGGCCGCCGCACAGCGCCGCGCAUCCCGCCGCGCCCGUCUACCAGUCCGCGGUAGCGGGCAACCCAGUGGCCGUCAAGCGCGAGGACGUCUCGCGGCCCCCGACGCUGCCGGUCUCCUAUCCCAAUCCCCAGGUCCCCGCGCCCUCCAUGGUGCCCAACGGGAACUACAGCAAUGUGGGAUAUGGUGGCGCAGAGCUCGUGGUUUUGCCCACGGAGCUGCCCAGAACGACCUUUGAGCAGCAGCCGCCCCAGCAGCCGUGUACGAGCGCCCCGCAGAUGGCUCCUUUCACGCCCGCCAACUACUCGUCGCUGGAAUACGCGCAGUCGCUUCACCUCCACCAGCAGCACCAGCACCAGCAGCAACACCAACAUCCUCAGCCGCAGCAGCAGCAACAGCCGCAGCAGCAUCCGUCGCACAUGGAGGGAAGAGCCGUCCAUCAUGCAAACGACCCUUCUCCCCACGUCACGCAGCCACAGCAGGUGGCCUAUAAUGACGCGCUCGAUGCGAGUCGAGGGAUGGUCGCGUUAAGUCAGGACCUCACGCCGCGGGCGAUCUACGGCCCCCGAAGCUCGCGAGGCUCAGUUGACUCCUACGGCUUCCCCACCCCCCAUUCAUCGGCCUCGUCGAUCUCGUCCGGCGGUACCUACCCCUACUACAGCGCGUCCGUGGUCUCUGUGGAUUCGUCCGUCACCGAUUACAGCUCGACAGCGUCAGAUUCCUACGACGGAUUAUCGAGGACGUUACCGCGGCCGUCGGGCCUGGUCGCGGGCGCCCUGCCCCCGCAAUCCAUGAUGGGCCAGUUCAACUCGAAGGUGCCGUCGAACACCCAGAAAAAACACAAGUGCAAAGUGUGCGAUAAGCGAUUCACUCGUCCGUCCUCCUUACAAACGCACAUGUAUAGUCACACAGGCGAGAAGCGUAAGUUUUCUGAAAUCAAUUGGAACCGUGGAACGAUGACCAAUUGGGACUAA